UAACCAGGUGCAUCAGAGUUUUUAUCGCAAAAGACAUGAGACCAUUCUCUGUUGUCGACAAUGUUGGAUUUUGCGAAUUGGUUAAGGUACUGGAGCCCAGGUACCAUAUUCCAUCACGCCCGCACUUCAGUCAGGAGGUAAUUCCAGACCUGUACAACGAAGCUAAAGCAAAUGUGACAGAUGGUCAGAAAGGCAGAGAGUGUGGCGAUAACAACUGACAGGUGGACUUCGAGGGCUGUUCAGAGCUACAUUACAGUCAUGGCACGUGUUAUCACCACAGAGUGGGAAAUGAAAAGUUUUGUGCUUCAUACUUGCCCGCUUUUUGAGUCACACACUGGUACAAACAUAGCCGAAGUUUUAAAAGUGGCUAUACAAGAGUGGGAGCUUGAAAGUGCUGCUCAUAGCAUUGCUGUCGUUACAGACAAAACACGCAACAUGGAGGUGGCAGUGAGAGAAGCCGGGAUGUCACCUCAUGUCAAGUGUUUUGCGCACACAAUGAAUCUUGCUUUGCAAGCAGUAUUGCAUGUUCCCCGCGUCAGUCGCUUGCUUGGUCGCGUGAGAAAAGUCGUGGCUUUCUUUCACCGCAGUGCCACAGCAGUAGCUGUGCUCGCGGCAAAGCAAAAGAUGCUUGAGAUCACAUAAGCUUAUCAUGGAUGUUGUUACACGAUGGAACAGUUCAAUGGAAAUACUGGAACGCUAUCUCGAGCAACAAACGGCUAUAAUGGCAGCCCUCUUGAGCACAGAGGUGCGCAAAAAUGCCCAUCAACUUGAUACUCUGGAUAGCGCUGACAUCAGUGAUGCCAAAGAAAUAGUAAACCUUCUUAAACCACUAAAAAAAAAAGCCACCACUGUCCUGUCUGAUGAAAAGAGCACCACCCUGUCACUCGAUGUGCCCUUGAAAUCCAUGAUCGAACAGAGCAUGACACUGGACGAGAAAUACUCUACAACUAUAGCUAACAUGAAGACAGCCAUCCUGCAAAACCUCUCAAGCAGAUACACAGAGGAACAGGAUUAUCUGCUAGAGAGUACUGCCUUGGACCCCAGAUUUCGACCGUUGCCCCACUUACUCCCUAAACAACGUGAAGAGGUUCUCCACUGGUUGAAGAACAAAUCAAACCAGUUACAGCAGGCUGGCACUGUGGAGCAAACAGAAAAGAGGGAGGGAGGUGUCAGUGAUGGAGAUCCCACUGAUGCAGCAGAUCAGAGAGAUACAGCACACAGAGUUGAGCAAGAACAGCCACCUAGCAAAAAGACAGCAUUGGAAGAUCUCCUUGGUGCAACUUUUGCUGAACCAGCAGCCACCCAGUCCAAAAGUAGGUUAGAAGUAGAGAUUGACACUUCUAUUCCCCUCACUAGCUGUCCACUGAAAUGGUGGAAAGAAAAUGCUCAAAUGUACCCACUUCUUUCCCCUCUUGCCAAGGCUUACCUCACAGUUCCAGCAACUUCUGUUCCCAGUGAACGUGUUUAUUCUACAGCAGGGGAUAUUGUAAAUGCACAAAGAUCCCAGCUUCUGCCUGAAAAUGUACAUAUGCUGUUUUAUUUGCAAAAAAUACCUGUAAGUAACCUUAACAAACCCAAAAGCUGUUUGUGUUGAGUUGAACUUACUUGAACAGAACACUAUUUAUUUUAAUGUUUUGUUUUUUAUUUUUGCACUUUUACUGCUUUAAGAAGUUCUCUCUUAGGUUUCAGUUAUCUUAAUUCUAAUUUCAUGUUAAAAUUCAGUUUUAUUGUUGAUUAACACACC